AGUUCAACGGGACAUGCUCAGGUACUAAUAACGAACGAUGUGUUACCAAACACUCUGAGUGUAUGGAUGGGGUUUGCAAGUGUCCAGUGGACAGAACCCAUGACGAUUCAUCUGACAACUGCACUCAAAUCGACUGUGGUGAUGAACCUGUCAUAAACAACGGAACUGUAACGUCAAACGGUACCAAAUAUGGGUCAACACUAAAUAUCACAUGUGAUGAAGGUUUCGAACUCUCAGAGAAUGCAACGAUUAAUUGUACCACACCGGGGACCUGGGGAAACAUGCCAUUAUGCACACCCAAGGAAUGUCCAGAAUUUAUAACACCAAACAAUUCUGAAAUAGACUCAAAUACCACUGGUCGCACAUAUACAGAUAUCAUUGAAAUCACAUGUAUAACAGGUUACGAGCUAGAUAGCUGUUUAUCUACGGUGACAUGUUUGGCCAACCAGUCUUGGAGUGAGUCCCCUGUUUGUUCUGUCGUAAACUGCAAUGCAUCAGACAUUCCAGUUAAUACCAUUAUUUCAUGGGACAAACAGAAAUAUGAAUACAACGAAAACGUUACAGUUGAAUGUGACACUGGGUUUCAGCUUGAAGGUAAUGCUACAAUUAGUUGUCAGGCGAACGGAACAUGGGAAGACAUUCCAAAAUGUUCUCCAGUGGACUGCGAGCCACUUGUUUUGCCAGAUAAUGCAGCUUUUGCUACCAAUAAAAGCCAAUUAGUAUACCAGGAAAACGUUACAAUAGAAUGUGAUGCAGGUUAUCAACUUCAAGGUAAUGCUACAAUAAGUUGUCAAGCGAACGGAACCUGGAACGACAUUCCAAAAUGUUAUCCAGUGGACUGCGAGCCGCUUAUUGUGCCAGAUAAUGCAGCCAUUGUUUUGUAUAAAAGUCAAUUUGUAUACAAUGAAAACGUUACAUUAGAAUGUGACACAGGUUAUCAACUUCAAGGCAAUGCAACAAUAAGUUGUCAAGAUAACGGAACAUGGAUAAACCUGCCAGAAUGUCAACCUGUGAAAUGUGAAGAGUUUACCAAGCCCGAUAAUGCCGCUAUUUCUCCGAACAAACAACAGUAUGAAUACACUGACAACAUAACAAUCGAAUGUAACGAUGGUUACAAAUUUCAAGGUGAGAACACGUUUAGUUGUCUAGCAAAUGGGUCAUGGACCGGUGUGCCAACAUGUACCCAUAAAGAAUGCCAUCUAUUUGUUAUACCAGAAAAUGCUGAAUCUACACCUAACAAAAGCCAGUUUUUAUACAGCGAAAAUGUAACGAUUAAAUGUAACAUUGGUUACGAGCUUCAAGGUAUAGAAACAAUUAGUUGUCAAACUGAUGGAACUUGGAAAGAGGUACCAACUUGUUCUCCAGUUGAAUGCGAACUUUUUGAUGUACCAAAUAAAGCAAAAUUAGAACCGGACAAACAACAAUAUACUUACAGUGAAACCGUAACUUUGGAAUGCGGAAGUGGAUAUGAAAUUCAAGGUAACUCCACAGUGAGAUGUCAAGAGAAUGCAUCAUGGACCGAAAUUCCGACAUGCAAACCCAUUGAUUGUAGUACAUUACAGUUACCCGAACAUGCAGAGAAAGAUUUAAAUAUCACCGGCCUUAACUUUGACGAUGCAGUUUUUAUCACCUGUGAAAAUGGUUUUAUUUUGGUUGGUGAUAGUAAUAUAUCUUGUUACGCAGAUGGUACAUGGCCAACAAUGAAAUGUGUGCCUGUUAAUUGCUCAACAGAUGACUUCGCAAAACCCGAUAACAGCAUGGUUUCAAAUGUAAGUGACAGUGCUUUUGAGAUCGAGUGUGUUGAGGGUUACAUAAUAGAAGGAAAUUCUUCUGUAACUUGCAUUUCUGGAAAUUGGAGCGAGUUUCCAAGAUGUAACAAGGUAGACUGUGGAGCGUAUGGUUUCAUAGAAAAUGGAAAUGUUUCGUCAGAGACAGGGACGAAAUAUGGAGAUACAGUUGAAAUAUUAUGUAUCGAACAUUUUCGAUUAAUAGGCAAAAGUCAGGGCAUCUGUUUAUCUAAUGGUUCGUGGACAGACAAGCCCGAGUGCACGAUAAUUGAAUGCGGGACGCUAAGGAUACCUGAAAAUGCAGAAGAAGCGGUAAACAUAAAUGACACAAUUGAAGGAACUGUUAUUACACUGGUUUGUAGAGAUGGAUAUGACCUCAACGGAAACGGAACCGUUAUAUGUCAGGCAAAUGAAAGUUGGAGUGAUAUACCGAUGUGCGAGCCGAAGGAUUGUGGCCAACCGAACGAAACCACAAAUGGUAAUUUCAUUGGACUCGACAAGACAACAUUUAAUAGCUCGUUCGUUGUUGAAUGUAUGGAUGGGUAUAACUUGAUCGGGGAACAUCUUGUAUAUUGUCAGGAAAAUGGAAGUUGGAGUGGUGUACCAAUGUGCGAGCCAAAGGAUUGUGGACAAAUUGAACCACCAGAAAAUGGAAGCAUUGUUAACCAAUCAGGAUCAACAGUAGACAGUGUAGCGUUUAUAGUAUGUGAUAGUGGAUUUGAUGUAGUGGGAAAAGAAAAUGUCACAUGUUUGACGUCUGGAAACUGGGAUAAUUUGCCAUCUUGCCAGAAGACUGAUUGUGGCACAUAUACACCACCAGACCAUACAAAUAUAGGAACUAACAAUACGAUUAUUUGCGAAAUAGGAUAUGACCUGUCAGGAGACGCAAUUAUCGAAUGUUUGGAUGGAAAUUGGAGCGUUAAUGGUAACUGUGAUCGGGUACAGUGUAGUAACUUACCCGAAAUUGACAAUGCUAAUAUAUUAGAGAAUGAUAAUGACACGUAUUUAUUCGAAGAUACAAUUGACAUUACAUGUAAUGAGGGAUUUGAAAUAUCUGGAGACUUUAAGGCAAAAUGUAGUGAAAAUAAAACAUGGGUAAAUGUGCCUUCGUGCAAUCCUGUUACUUGUAACGAGUUUCACGUUCCUCCUGAUGUGGAAAUCGGUAACCAGGACACAACGAGUCGAGUAUUUGAAGACAUUAUAAAUAUCACAUGUUCGAUUGGAUUUGAACUUGAAGGCGAUGGCUUUGUUUUUUGCAAUGCAUCUGGAGAUUGGGAGAACAAUACUUCUUGCAAACCAAAAACUUGUCCUGAAUUUGAAGUACCAAACAAUACGAAAGUUGAAAGCAGCGAUGUAAAUGGUUCAUUAUUUGUAUUUGGCGAUUCUGUGAUAUUCUCAUGUGAAGAAGGAUAUAACUUAACCGGAAAUCCACAAGCGAACUGCACAGCUGACGGUGAAUGGACAGCUAUUCCUUCUUGCAGUAUUGUAUCCUGUAAAUCUUUUCAAGUACCACAAAAUGCCUCAGUUGGUCAGCAGAACCUUACCGGUUAUACAUACGGUGACGCACUAAAUAUCACUUGUGACGAAGGACAUUUUUCACCUGAAGGAUUGCAAGCAGUAUGCGGGAGCGAUGGAGAAUGGGUAAAUAUUCCAAACUGCGUUCCUGUAAAUUGUUCAAAAUUCACGGUACCAAACAAUGCAAGCAUAGGAAACCAGACAACUGACGGUUAUAAGUUUGGAGAUGUUGUACAAGUGAGUUGUCAAGACGGUUUUUCGCUAUCCGGCGUCAGUAAAGUGGAAUGUUUAGCAAACGGAACUUGGGGUGAAUUUCCAAGUUGUGAGAUAAUAGACUGUGGACCAUAUGAGCCGAGGGGCGAGACAUAUACUAUUGAAGCCAACUCUACAACUACGUAUAAUACCUCGUUAUCGGUUACAUGCGUAGCUGGCCUUGAACUAACAAAUGACUCGAUGAAGACAGUAUCAUGUGAAGCAGAUGGACAAUGGAAUGGACACAUCGAGUGUAAAAUUCCUGGAUCCGUAUCUUUUACACAAAGCAUGUUUAUAUUUGACGAGGGGGAGACUAAACAUAUAACCUGCGAAGUGAAAGAUUAUCCGGGCUGGCAAACAGUAUACUUAACAAAGAAUGAUCAAGAUGAUAGUGUUCCCUUCAAUCCAAUUUUCAUGAUCUCUAAUUCCACUGGAUCCGUCAAUCAUCGAACAAUUGAUACAAACUACACUGUCGACCAUACGCUGGAAAGUGAUGGAGUUUCCGUUUCACUGAAGUUCGAAACCGUUACCUGUGACAAUGAAGGGCUGUAUACAUGUGCUGUUGUUGUAGGUGAUCCUGCUAAUGCUACCGAAAUGAAGUCCGCUGGUGCAACCGUAAAUGUCUCCUGUACAGACUGUGGAAUACAUGAGCCUAUCACUAACACAUAUGUGGUAGACCAAAAUGGAGAAACGACGUUAAAUUCGUCAUUGUCUGUUACAUGCGUGGACGGUCUAGAACUAACAAAUGAAUCGGUCAAAGUUGUGAUCUGUGAAGCUGAUGGAAAAUGGCACGGAGAACCAGUCUGCGCAAUUCCUGGAUCCGUAUUAUUUACAGAAAAUAUUUAUGCAUUUGACGAAGGUCAGAUUGGACAUAUUAUUUGCGAAGUGAAAGAUAAUUUACGCUGGCAAACAGUAUUAUUAGCAAAAGAAGAUCAAGACGAGAGUGGUCCCACCACUCCAAUUUUCAUGAUUUCCAAUGCCACUGGAUCAAUCUCUAAUGAAACAUUGGAUACUAACUACAUUGUUGACUUUACGCUGGAAAAUGAUGGAGUUUCUGUUUCAUUGAAAUUCGAAACCGUUACCUGUGACAAUGAAGGGCUGUAUACAUGUGCUGCCGUUGUAGGUGAUCCUGCAAAUGCUACAGAAAUCAAGUCCACUGGCACAAUCUUAAAUAUCUCCUGUACAGACUGUGGAAUACAUGAGCCUAUAACUAACACGUAUGUGGUAGACCAAAAUGGAGAAACGACGAUAAAUUCGACAUUGUCUGUUACAUGCGUUGACGGUCUACAACUUACAAAUGAAUCGGUCAAAGUUGUGACCUGUGAAGCUGAUGGAAAAUGGCACGGAGAACCAGACUGCACAAUUCCUGGAUCCGUAUCGUUUACACAAACUGUGUAUGCAUUUGAUGAGGGUGACACUGGACGUAUUACCUGCGAAGUGAAAGAUUAUCCACGGUGGCAAACAGUAUUAUUAGCAAAAGAAGAUCAAGACGACAGUGGUCCCAUCACUCCAAUUUUCAAGAUUUCCAAUGCCAAUGGAUCCAUAUAUAAUGAAACAUUGAAUACCAACUACACUGUUGACUUUACCCUGGAAAAUGAUGGAGUUUCUGUUUCAUUGAAAUUCCUGACCGUUACCUGUGACAAUGAAGGGCUGUAUACAUGUGCUGCCGUUGUAGGUGAUCCUGCAAAUGCUACAGAAAUCAAGUCCACUGGCACAAUCUUAAAUGUCUCCUGUACAGACUGUGGAAUACAUGAGCCUAUCACUAACACGUAUGUGGUAGACCAAAAUGGAGAAGCGACGAUAAAUUCGACAUUGUCUGUUACAUGCGUUGACGGUCUACAACUUACAAAUGAAUCGGUCAAAGUUGUGACCUGUGAAGCUGAUGGAAAAUGGCACGGAGAACCAGACUGCGCAAUUCCUGGAUCCGUAUCGUUUGCACGAACCGUGUAUACAUUUGAUGAGGGUGACACUGGACGUAUUACCUGCGAAGUGAAAGAUUAUCCACGGUGGCAAACAGUAUUAUUAGCAAAAGAAGAUCAAGACGACAGUGGUCCCACCACUCCAAUUUUCAUGAUCUCCAAUGCCAAUGGAUCCAUAUAUAAUGAAACAUUGGAUACCAACUACACUGUUGACUAUACGCUGGAAAAUGAUGGAGUUUCUGUUUCACUGAAAUUCGAAACCGUUACCUGUAACAGUGAAGGGCUGUAUACAUGUGCUGCCGUUGUAGGUGAUCCUCAGAAUCCUACAGAAAUCAAGUCCAAUGGCGCAAUCUUAAAUGUCUCCUGUACAGACUGUGGAAUACACGAGCCUGUCACUAACACGUAUGUGGUAGAUCAAAAUGGAAAUGCAACAUUCAAUUCGUCAUUGUCUGUUACAUGCGUGGAUGGUCUAGAACUUACAAAUGAAUCGGUCAAAGUUGUGACCUGUGAAGCUGAUGGAAAUUGGCACGGAGAACCAGUCUGCGCUAUUCCUGGGUCACUUUCAUUUACGGAAAAGAACUAUGCGUUCAAAGAGGGGGCAUCUGUAAAUGUUACCUGCCAAAUGAAGGAUAACCCAAACUGGAAAACCCUAAUCAUUGGGAAGGUUGAUGAUAAAAUUGGUGACCUUGUCAGUCAAAUAUUUACGAUCUCCAAUGUAACUGGCUCUGUCGUUCAUACUACCUUCGAUAACAACUAUACUGCCAGCUACACACUGAAUAAAGAUGGCGCUGCAAUUUCACUUCAAUUUAACCCUGUGACAUGUGACAAUGAAGGGUUAUAUAUGUGUACUGCCAUUGUUGGUGAACUAGAAAGUCCAGUCGAAAUCAGUAAUACCAGCACAAUGGCAUAUAUAACAACUGAUUCAAAAGUUCCAGAAAUAUCCAUCCCAGACAAGGUAUUCAUUGGUCGAGAGGCAGUUGUUGAGUGUACUGGUCUUAUUGGAAAAGGAGAAUCUAGUCAAAUUGAAGGACGACUUAUGCUUGACACAAAUUUUGGGGACAAUGGUAGUAGUGUAACGUACAACGGAUCAAAUACUCCGGAAGAUGUGGAUUGUUACUUCAAGGACUCGAUUUCAGUUCCCAUACCUACAUCUGCAGACACUUCAGAUUUGUGGGCGCAGUGCGUUAUUCGUCCUUUCCAGGGAGAUGACCUACUGUCUGAAAAGAAAGACAUUCAUAUUCUAACGUCAUUUGUAAAUAUUGAAGGAGUGAAGUACAAGAUUAUCACCAAAGAAAAUAACGAAUUUUGGCAUUUUGACGGAAAUAAUAGUAACAUAAAGGCAGUUUCAUCUAGACUUCAAGUAGACGAUGAUUUUGUCAAAUUUGUUUUUGAGAAACAAAUGGACGAAUCAUACAAAAUAAAGUCUGUCGCAAAGCCGAUCUAUAUGUAUGAUGGGUAUAACGUCACUGAUGCGCCUGCGCAGUAUCUUUAUGGGAACGUGAACGACACUACUGACGACGACCACAUGCGCUUCUUUGUUUUCAUGGAGACACAGGACUGUUACAGGAUACAAACAAAAGCAACUGGCCGUUAUGUUCGACUAGACGACGACAAAUACGUAUCAUCAAAAGAAAAUAAAAUGGAUGACAGAUCCUUAUUUAAUAUUUCUAUCUGCUCAGCUUUAGUUUGUGAUCCAGUUGCACAGAUAACAGGUAUCGGUGAAUCCGUUACGUUUACAUGUACAUUGGAAGACAUUAUAGAUAUCACAAGUGUUGUUAUAAGUAAAAAUACUACUGAAUUUAUCAACGAAGACAAUGUGAUGCUACCUUAUAAAAAGAACGACAUGCCAUUCACACUAACGAUACCGUCAAUCUCCGAGGUGAACAUGACUUUCGCAGCUGUGGGUUGCGAGGAUGAAGGAGAAUAUGAUAUCGUGUUUAAUGAUGCUCUUUCCGCGACUCUUGCACUGACAAUUGUAUCUGAUUCAGCAACGCCAGAAAUAACAAUCCCGGACAAAGUAUUAAUAGGUCGAGAGGCAGAAGUUGAGUGCACUGGUCUUAUUGGAAAGGGAGAAUCAGGUCAACCUGUAGGACGACUUCUGCUUGAAACCAAUUUUGGGGAUAAUGGUAGCAAUGUAACGUACAACGGAUCAGAUACACCGGAAGAGAUGGGCUGUUACUUUAAAGACUCCUUUUCAGUACUGAUACCGACAUCUACAGUCGCUUCAGACUUGUGGGCACAAUGUGUGAUUCGCCCUCUACAGGGGGAUGACCUUUUGUCUGAAAAAAAGGACAUUCACAUUCUUGCAUCGUUUGUUGCAUUCAAGAACUCGUCAUACGUAUUCAAUAUUGGCGAAAAAGCAUCUAUUGCCUGUGACGUUCAGAAUGUACCGGAUUGGAAACGGAUAGAGAUAAGACGGUCUGACGGUCAGGUUAUCAUUGGCAUAAAUAGUACCGAUCAAUCACCGGACUCGAAUGAACCCCAUAUAAGUUUGGUGGCGGAUGAAAGCAAUUUUGCUAAUGAUACAGCUACAUUAGCUGUUGGUUUCGACGCUGUGAUGUGUAGUGAUGCAAUGGGAGACGUGGGUGAUAUUAAUUACACGUGCGCAGUUAUGACUAGCAAUUCAACAACAGAGGAUAUGACUACAGUGACGUAUCAAAGGAAACCGGAAGUGCCUAUUCUAGAAAUGUCACGUGAAAUAAUCGAAAACAAAUUCACGUUAGGGGACAGACUCUUUUACUGUAAGGGUGAUGUAGGAGACCCACCAGGGACUAUAGAAGUACAAAGUAAUUUCAAUGGAUCAUAUGAAACCUUCUUGGCACCAUUGCCUGGGAUUGAUAAUAAUACAAUUGGUUGGAUUGUAAGCAAUGAAACAGAUUCAUCCGAGUGUACGAAUUACAAAACAAUAGGUUUCGCGUUUCACACUGUAACCAUUGAUAUGCAGUACAAACGCUUAAGAUGUACAAUACGUCCUUCUGAUAAACUUACGGCCACCAUGGACGACUUAUUUGAUGACAAACCAAUUAAUAUUGUUUCAGACGACAUAUGUGUUGGGAAAGCUGGCUAUGUGUCACAUCCAUACUUCUGUCAUCUCUUUGUGGAAUGUGAUAAAACGACAGAUGGUCACAUUGUUGGAGUUCCUGUGGGUUGCAGUGAAAGUGAAAAUGAAUGUUUUGACGACGAGGUUGUCGACGGUAAUCCUUGUGUGGAAUGCUCCUCUAUUGGCGGCUGCAACAUAACAGGUAUCAAGUGCGACAAAACAUAUGCAGCAUCAUACAAGGGGGAAACUGUUUCAUUCACUUGUGAUACUCAAGACUUUGGCGAAGUUAGACAGAUUUCAGUAAACAAUUACGCUGCAUUUGAAAUAAAUGUGACAGAGAUGACAAUACCAGUAACCAAAGAUGUAGAUGUCAAAGUCAGCGAAGGUUCUGUCAUCCUCAGUUUUUCAAACGUAUCAUGUAACCAGGAAGGAGAUUACGUUAUCAGUCUAAAUAAUCAAACAGCCAUUACACAUUCUUUGGUUGUUAUUUCUGAACCAACCGAACCAAAUUUAUCUGUACCUGGCAUAAUGACUGCAAAUCAGGAGACAAAAAUUAACUGCAGCGGCCGAAUAGGUCGUGAUAAAGAGGGCAACAACAAAGCAGUUAUCUACCUAGAAGUCAUGCCGGAGCAAUCUAGCGAGUUUGAAGAAUACAGUGACCACGAGACAAGGGCAUCAUCAGAAGAGGAUUGUGAGAUUUCAGAAUCGGUGGUGUUCAGCAUAACACCUGGCGUUUCUUUGAAUAACUCUCAAGUUAGAUGUACAGCUAAAAAUGACACCGGGGUUGUAACAUAUUCGUCACCAAAACUCAUUGUGUUACAAACACCAGCUAUGUUUUGUGAGCCAAUGUUACAGGCUAGAGGUAUUGGUGAAUCUGUUUUGUUUAUAUGUGCACUGAAAGACAUAACAAACAUCACAAGUGUAGUUGUUACUAAAAAUUCUUCUACAUUAAUCAACGAAGUCAAUGUGGCACUACCUUAUAAAAAGGAGGACACCCCAUUCACACUUACGAUACCUUCAGUCACGGAAGUGAACAUGACUUUCACAGCAGUGAGUUGCGAGGAAGAAGGCGACUACGAUAUCAUGUUAAAUGAUGCUGUUUCCGCGACUCUUACACUGAGAGUUGUGUCACCUGCGACUGAACCUAGCCUAAAUAAGCCAUCAAAAGUAAGACUAAAUGAGAGACUUGAAAUCAGUUGCAGUGGAGAUAUUGGUAGGGAUCAAGACGGAAACGCGGCAACGAACAUGUUUCUGGAGGUCAAAUUUAUGAACGAGUCUGAGUUUUCUAUUUACAACAAAAGUGUAGAACAAGAUCCAGCGGUCCUAGAAAACUGUCGGUAUACACAAACCGUUCGUUUGAUCUUCUAUCCUGAUGUUCGCUGGAACAAUUCUGAGGUCAGAUGUGCUGCUCGUAACGAAACUAAUGUGGUUCAGUCAUCAACAAAACAAGCCAUUAAACUUGAUAGCCCCAGUACGUAUUUCGAAACUACAAUCUUAACAGGAAUCGUAGGUGAAUCUGUGAUACUAACUUGUAUUGUGGACGGCGUGGACGGUCUUACCGGCAUAACCAUCACGAGAGGAACAGAUAGAGAUAUUGUAGCAUCAUACCCAGGAGAUUCAAACAGCGACAGUGUCACAGUUGUAACUGAAGAGAGUAAUUUAAAUGAUUCUUCCGGAGUUCUGAUGAUCAAUAUGACAGUACAGUGUGGAGACGACGGCGACUAUUUCUGCACAUCAAAGGACUCGGGGAACCCUGCAGAAGACAAUGCUGUUUUAUCUGUACAGUGGAAACCUCAGGCACCAGUACUAGAUCCAUCAAGUGACAUGGUUGAAAACUCUGAUCCCUGGGCUGGGUUAGGAUUUGAAACUAGAUGUACCGGGGAACUUGGCUCACAAAAUGCAUCUAUAUAUUUGGAAUCGAAUGUAGACGGAAAAUUUAAAGUUGAAGUAACGAGUUUGGUUUCUGCAAAAUUUAAUUUGGAGCAGUGUUCAAACAUUGCCACGAUAAAGUUUGACAACAAGUAUACAACAGAAUGGAAUGGAACAAUCAUAAGAUGUGUUAUUAAAACAGAAGAGGAAAAGUUAAUGGAUGCCGAAUACGUUACAGUUGUUCCAGAAACAUUUUGUGAAGGUCAUGCACAGGAUGCUAAAGUUGUUCAUCCAUUUGAUUGUCGAGCUUUAUUGACAUGUGGAGGAAGCAGAAUUACUGCAUACAGGCAAGCGGAAUGUGAAGUAGAAGAGUGUUACGAUUCAAAUACAUUAAAAUGCGUUCCUUGUGAAGAUGUCGGCAAGUGUCGAGUUGAUCCUUUAGAGGAUGAUGAUACUACAACAACUCCAGCUCCAGGUACUCCUUAUAUGUCCUGCUCGGACGCAGUUGGCUGGAUGAGCAGUGAAGUGUCUAUAAAUUGCACACUGCAUAACAUUACCGUAGAAUCAUUAGCUGAUGCUAUAGUAUUCGUUUCAAAUUCAUCUGGACAAAUAUUUGAUGCAACAGUGUUAUCUCCAUCAACGUCAACUAAUGACCGGGCUUCGUACAUUUUGCAAGAUGCAAUAGCCAUUAUAAUUGAAGCAGCACAAAUAAAGAUACAGUUCCUCCCUGUAGUGUGCAGUCACGACGGAGACUAUACGGUGGUGUAUAAUGGCACCUCUUUGGUACAAUCUACUGGGACAUUAAGUGUACAGAGUCUCCCAACAAAUCCCUAUUUAUCAAAGACACCAGAAAGGUUCUACCUUGGAUCAGAAAUGGCAGUUUCCUGCUCGGGGGCAAUUGGCAAUCCAAAAGGGCAAUUGACACUUAAAACAAGAGCAUCAUCCAACGACACAUUUUCACUUGUGGCCGAAGCAGAUCUUUCAGGACAAGACAACUUUGAUGACGGCAACUGUACCUACCUUGGAAGUAUAGCGUAUACCUUCUACGUCACGAGUGACAUAGAUGGUCAUGAAUUCAUUUGUGAGACAUCUGACAGCUAUGAACGGAUAUAUGCAUCCGAUGUAGAAACUAUAAAUGUUGAUGAAGCAGCUAUUUAUUUUACUGUUGAAGAAGAUUCAGCAGAGAUUAACACUAGCAAAAAUAUUCGAUGUAUUCUUACCGGGGAAAAGGGUUCGUCGGGAGCAGUUAUUUCAUGGUCUUUUUCCAAAGACAGCCCUGUAGUGGAGAUAUGCCGUUCAGAUAGUUCUAAUGCUGCUACCUGUUCAGUGGAUGGCAUAAGUAUUUUAGCAUCAGAUGAAGAUACCAACAAGACAAUAGAACUCACUAUACAAUCGGUAUCCUGCAACAACAGUGGUAUAUAUUAUUGCGAACCAGCUGAUGACGGUUCUAUAAAGAGUAGAAUGAAAUUAGAUGUAACGCGUGAACCCAGUGCGCCUGCUUUUGAGAUGCAAAGUAUCGUUAUAGAUAGCAUUCAAACUGAUAAAUAUAUGAUUUGCUCAGGACACGUCGGUUACCCUGUUGAAAACCGGACAUUAAAAAUACAGACCAGAUCCGCCGGAUCCAACGACUUUGAAGAUUUUGAUAUAAAUUCUUUUGAGACGGAAGAAAGUACUUGCACAGAACCAGCAGAAUUGAGAAAGAUAGAACUUUCUUUCGAUCUACAGUCAUAUAACAAUACAGAGUUUAGAUGUGGGUUGUUUGAAAAUAAUGACCCUACGCCUAUACUUGUCUCCAACAACAAAACCCUACUAGUUUUAGAAUAUCCUUGCUUAGAGGGCAACACGACUACUUUCUACUACAAAAAUACAUUUGACUGUCACGGAUACAUACUGUGUUAUUCUAACGGUGUAGCACUAGGUCAUUGCUCGGCUGGAACAUGUACAAACAUUACUACAAUACCCAGCACAGCUCCAUUUUGUAACUUUUGCGAUGACACUUGCAACUUCACAUGAACAUAAGUAUGUGUUAUGUCGGAGGUAUCGAGUUAAUAUUAAAGACUUGAUGAACCACCUGAUGAACCAACUAUUUAUUCAUCUGUUUAUAUUAAUGUUGUCCUUAUGCAUUGCUGUGAUGACAGAAAAGGUAAAGAAACAAGUGAACUUAAACAAUUUCAACAAUUUCAUUUUCUUGGCAAACAAAAGAGAUAUUAUAAUGUCGUGUUUUUUCACUUUACCAGAUUACGCAGAAUUCCAUGUCACUUUUUUAUGGCUACUUGUAACCGUUUGCUUGAGUAUGAUACUCUGUUGUUCCAAAAUGUUGAUGUAGGUAUAAGGAUAUUAUAACUAAUUCAAAUGUAUGUAUUUUAUGUACGUGUCUGUGUGUAUUUGUUGUAUGAAGUCAGACUCAUUCCAUAUAUUUGCUUUUGUAAUAUAUGUUUAAUUUCACAAACGACGUAGUGCGAGUGAACCAAAAUGGCACAAAUGUAUUGUAAGAUAUGCAAAAGCAUUCAGGUGAAAUUGAAAUAUUUUCUGAUAUCUCCCGAUUCUCUAAAAACAACUAAUUUCCAUGAACUAUUCUUCAAUGGGUAUUAUUCUGUCACUAAAUGUAAUUUCUCGGUUUAUGGACAACAGUUUCAACCAUAAAAAGAACUGAUUUCAAUUAGAGGCCGAGCUUUUACAACUCAGUAUAAAGUAAAAACACAGAAUGAUGUAAAUAGAGACACUCAUUUCUCUGUGAAUGUAUGCAGUAAAAUAUCACGAAAACCCAAUGACAUAUUACUAGCUACGCGUCUUUCACGUUAAUGUAAGCCCCGGGAAUUUACUUUAUAUUUACUCCUCUAUUUUAAACAAUCUGUUAGCGCAGUUAACCUGAAUAUUUGUGCCAGCCACUUAAAAGAAAUCCUGCUGUAUUAAUGUAGAAGAAACGAAAAUAUAACAGUUAUACUACUUUUACAGCUUUUUUCCUUUUAAGGUAGUUCUGACGUUUUGAUCGAAACUGUUUCUGCAAUGUAGAAUUUGAUUAAACUCCGAUUUUCCAAAACUUCAGAAUAUACCUAGAAAAUUCAGCAAAUGAAAAAGAUUGGUCGUGUGUUUGAUUUUUUGCUAGACUUAUUUGAAAAAUAGAGACCUCACGCAAUACUUCCUAACGGGAGUCUAAGGGAAAAUCAUAACAUUCAUAAUAUUUUCGUGUAUAGAAAUUUUUCUACAAUGUAGAUUUUGAUGAAACUUCUCACAACUUUAAAUAAAGACAAUACCUAUGAUUUGAUGAAAUAAAAUGUAUAGGUCCAUGUGCUUAUUUUUGAGAUAUUUGACCAUGAUUAAAGUAAACCGAACAUUUCACGCUAAUGUUAAGACAUUAGAGAGUUUGAGAUUUCAACCUUCGCCUUCCCCUUCAAAGUCUCUCAUAUAUAUUUGGGGUAAAACGUCCGCGAUAUGCGUGUAUUUUAUUUAUAUCAGACGUUGCUACUAAAGUUUUCCAUGUAAUAUCAAGUAAGCCUAAGACUUCUCUUUAUCACUUUGUGAAAUAAAAAGCUUAGUUUCAGGAUUUCUGCUUAUUAAGUUAUUCGAUUAUCCCAUUGUAUAAUUAGACUGAAUUUGAUGCGAAGCACUAUCAAUAAGUGUGAGAAUGAUGAAGUUUUGUAUGGCUAAUGAUUUUAACUAAAUACAUUGAACUGAACUUGGAAGUAUAAAGUUAUCAACUGAUUUUGAGAAUCUUUGAAAUAUUGUUCAAACUUUAACUUCUACGGCAUAUUUGUGUCCCCAGGCGGUAUCAAUUAUACCAGAUGGGCCUUUUUGUCGUAUGAAGUGAAGUUUUAAACGUCCGAAGAUGUGAUAUCGCGAAAGUCAAAAAUUCAGUUUUUUUACAUCUACUCUGUCCACAUACUCGUCAUCAAAGACUGAAAUCUGGAUGGAGGCACAUGUCAUGACAGUCAUUUUACUUAAAAAAUGAAUAAUAACGCGCGAUUAUCAUUUGGUGGAACAUUUUAUUUUCACUUCCAAAUAAAAUCAAUCCGUUGUGUCGGCCACUUAAUACGACAAUUGCGUUUUAAUUAUAAACAUAAAAUGUAACGGAAAAUUCUUCUGAAGUAUCAGACAAUUUCAGAUCUAUGAUAUCAUGAUGCGAGAAGUUUCCUGUUAGCCGUAUGGGAUAACUCCAUUCUUUACAUGCAUGGACCCAGAGCCUGGCAAAAACAUCGGUCUUGGAACUCGGUGUGACCCCCCCCCCCACCCCACACCUGAAAUGGGUGACCCCCUCUUUAAAGUUGAUGUCCCUCUAACCAAAAUUCCUGAAUCUGCACAUGCUUUACUUAUGAAAUAAUAUAUUCAAACAAGUACGUGUAUAUGCCCACAUGUUAUUUUGUGCGACAAUUUUCGUCUCCACCUAACAUUUCUUGACUGUUUCGUUAGACAACUGGUGACUUGGCAUGAUUAUAUUGUGCUGUCUGAGAGUUUGGCAUUACACAGAGUCAUACAGAGUGUCACGAUGCCAAAACGUAUGAUAUCACGGGAGUAUCUUACAUUUGUUUCAAAUUGCUUGUUAAAUGUAUUCAUAAAUUGUGUAUAUUGGCUCAUGUUAUCAACAUAACUUUUAAAAGGUUAGAUUUUCAUCAGGUACAUUGUUUAUGAGAGUCUACAAGUAAAACGCGUCUUUUAAGGCAUUGGAUGUACAAAGUACCAAUUCAAAGUAAAAUAAAAAACUUUAAGAAAAACUCUAUGAACUACUAGUCAACAGUAUGACGGAUGAAUCUGUCCUUUCUAUUUUAUGGUCAUGCUUUUUGUGUUUGCUUUAUCGUAUAUAUUUAACUUAACUUCAAAGUAUAUCGAGAAAUGCAUUUGUAAUAGUUGGUGUCUCAUGUUUUUGUUUAAACAAAUAUUAACUGUAUUAUCUUUGAAGAACAUCAUCAACAAUAGAAUACGUUGAUAUGAUCAUCAUUUUUGUUUCCUCUCAUGUAUGAUUUACAAUCAUGCAUUGUAUACUGACAUCAUUUUAUAUAAAACCUAAAUGUUCGGAACAACACCAACGAGUUUUUACAUUGUUCACAUUGUUUCGUUUUUUUUAUAUCGUAAUCGCACUAGUAUCCAUGUAAUGAUUAUAUUAACUGAAAUGUUUUUAUUUGAUUUUCUUUUUUAAAACCUCUUGUAAAAGUCGUGCCCUUUCGGACAAUUGAUAUCAAAAUGUACGAACAAAAAAAAAACCGAUCAUAAUUACGGAUAAAUUGAAUGGGCGGAUUAAAAGCAGUAAGGUUCAUUCUAAAGUUUGAAAUCUCAAGGAAUUUUAAUCGAACUUCAACUUCAUACGUUAACUUCGCAAGAGACGUUGAAGGGGAAUGCGAAGGUUGAAAUCUCAAACUCUCUAGUAUUUUGAAUUAUUUAACGUGUGCUAUGUUUAAUAUCAGAUUUCGACUGAAGAAAUAUAGCAACAGAGCCACUGUAAUAAAUUUACUCACAGGUUACGAUUAAUCCAUAAAAUGAUUUUCAUUUCCAUACGCUGAAUCCAGUCUUUAUUCUACAUUUUCCGGAAAAAAUGACGUUACGCCAUCACUUCCGGUUUAUCAAACGUGCAGAACUACCUUAAUAUAGCGACAAUCUUUAAAAGAAUAAUAAGAAAACUUCAAAAAAGAUAAUCAAUAUUAUGGUCAUUCUAAAUAGAAAGUACUUUACUUGUUGUUGGAUUCUACAUCAUUGUAACUCUUUUCACUGUAUUGUAUGAAAAGUAUUUUACCUGUAUUCAGUGUAUUGUAUGACAGUUCAUAUAAGGUCUGUAAUGUUGGCAAUAUUUGACAUGUCGUUCUAUUUAGUAAUUUAUCAUGGAUUUUUAUUUCUUUAUUUAAUUUGAAGCUUAUAAUUAUAAUUUUUGUAUUUCAUUUUAAGAAUGUAUUAUUUCAUCAGUGUGAUAUAUAUAAUAUCUUUAAUACAUUUCUAAUCAACCGCUUACUUACAUGCUGAAUCUGAAUAUUUUUUAACUAAAUUAUACUGGAAUAGGAGAGAUCGCCGUGACGUCACGCAUAAACAUCUGAGCAAAAUACGGAAUCCUGUUCGUGCCACUUAAAUUGUCGCCUCGCCAUCACGCGACAACGCGAUAAUUCGCGUUGUCGCCCUGUCCAAAUACAUAUGUACAUGCGACAUUUAACAAUCCUCGCGAGGUUAAGAGGGCGAUAAUUAUCGUCUUAAUUGUCGCAUGUCUUACUUAAUUCUCGCGUCGUGAAAUUGAAAUCCAAUAGACAUAGUUGCGAUAAUUAGUAAAACCUCGCAUUGUCGCAUUGUCGCCCGGUGUAGUGGAUAAUUUCUUACUACAUCACCGUGGUAUUGAUAAAUAGUACCCAGAAAAAAUUACAUCGAUCAAUUUGUCCGGAAAUUUAAUCCCAAGCGACAGUGCGACAAUAUGACAAUGCGAGGUGUUACAUUUAUUCAUAAAUGAAUAAACGGUUUAAAUGACAUAUAAUUUUAAAAGCGGCGUUGUGAUGUUCAAAACUUGUAGAAAAACAUUGUAAGUUAAUUGUUCAUAAUAAAUCCAUUAUAUUUCGAAACAAUAAUUAAAAUUAAUUAAUAAAUUGCUUGUUUUAUAAACUUUCCAUUGAUCAAAAAAUUAUUGAAAUAAUUUGUGUUUUAAGAAAGUUCAGGCCGUUUGAAAAACAUCACUGUUCACAAAAAACAUGGAUGUUCCGUUCAAUGUCUAAUCAGUUCUAAAAGUAGAAAAUACAACGGAUUUGUGUACAAAUACGAUCUCUCCUUUACAAGGGUAUUUUGAUUAUUAUUUUUUUUAUCUCCCUACGAAUGAAACAAAAUUCUUAUGUGUGAUUAUAAAAUACAAUCGCUAUUAACAAGUACAGUGAUAACA